CGCGCCACAAAUCGAAAAAAAUGGGCAGCUUUGGCGCCCAAAAUCGAAAAAAAAAUCCCCUUAUGCUCCAGUAGAGAUGGGGAACGAGAGCGCCCAGAUCCACAUCUCCUGAGAAAGAAAAUGGAGCCAUGGGAGAGAAGCGAGAGAUGCGGCGCCGUCAAGAAGACCAAGACCCCACCGGCACCGCCGGUGGCCGCCCUCACCGACCAUCUCCUGGGAGAAAUACUGCGCCGCCUCCCCGACAUGGCGUCACUCCUCAGCGCCGCCCUCUCUUGCAAGAGGUGGGGCCGCGUGGCCUCCAACCCCGCCGUCUUCCGCCGUUUCCUUUCCCUCCGCAGGCCCCCACUCGUCGGGUUCAUCCUCACCGACCGCGGCGCCAAGCCCGUCCCAUUCCACGACCCUGAUGUCUGCUUCAUCACGGCCUCCCCGCGUCACCCCAAGCUGGCCUCCGCCGCAUCGAAUGGCGAUUUCCAGUUCCAAAACCACCCCGAAAUCGACCAUGGCAAUCCACGCCAUGACGAUGGCUGGCGCCUCCGUGGCUGCGACGGCGGCCUCCUCCUCCUCUCCCGUGGCCGCUAUGGGGAUGAUCUCGCCGUCUACGAUCCUCUCGAGCGGACUGUCAUCUUCUUUGGAAAACCCCAGUUACCCACCCCUGCCCACCGCUGGUGCAACGUCCGCCACGCCAUCGUCGCCGACGAGGUCGACGCCUCGUUCCAGGUCAUCGCCAUACAGCACGGGGAGGAGGAAACUGCCGCUGUCUUCUCAUCGCGCACCCGCGAAUGGGCCAUGAUUUCUUGGGGCACGGUGCGUUACAGAUUUGCCUGGCCCUACAGCGAUGGUAUUACGGCGGGCCAGUUUGUGUACUGGCGGCCGAACACCAAGUACGAGAAGAAAGAGGAGAUAUUGGUGCUAGACAUGAAAACCAUGUCCUGGUCGGUUAUCACCGCACCAUUUCCCCCUGGCGAAUCGUACUGCGUCGCGGAUAUGGUGGAGCACGGUGGGCUGUGCAUCGUGUCCAGCAAGGAGCAAUGCGUGAAGCUCUGGGUCCGUGAUAACGAUGGUGGGUGGUCAGUCAAGAAGGAGGUCUCCUUGCUGAAUCAGUUUGGAUACUUGAAGAAGCUUCGCCGUGAUGAGUGGAUGAAAAGGGUGCGCAUCCUGGCAAUGAAGGCUGGCUAUGUCUACAUGGAGUUUUGGUCAAUAAGGAAGCCUAACUCCUAUCUUCUUGUGCUCAAUCUGAAUACCAUCAAGCUGCAAAUUAUCCACAACAAACCUGGCCCAGGUGAUGAUAAGAAUUACAGAGGUGCCGCUUUCCCAGUCUUCCUGCGGUUGGCACCUAUACCUGUCCCAGGUGAUGACUAGAAACUUCAAGAUGCUUGAUAGCAUGUAGUGGGUCAAGUUUCUUCUACCUUUGAUCAGGAGUUAUUUGAGUUGGACCGCGAGGGCAUCAUCCAUCCUUUUGAAAUGGAACCGUCGCUGCUGAUUGGCACCAUGUUUCCUGUCUUGCAAGUAUGAGUUAGAACAUGCUAUUACGCGAUUCGUAUGUGGUAUUCCUUUGCAAAAAAAAAUGCUUCCAUGUAAUCUGAAUUUAGUCCUUUUGUCCAGUUAGAGACCUGUCUAAUGUUAGCUAAAUGGAACUUCUACUGAAAUGGUUUGAUUCAGUUUCAACUGUGUUUCAUGUUAUUUAAAUCAGCGUGUGAAAUUGUUA